AUGGGACGUGCCUUCGCUGGACGGGGCUGUGAGCGAAGGGGAGGCGGCGGAUUAUGUUUGCCGCUGUGGUUUGCUCUUUGGGAUGCAUCUCCGGUAAUUCGUCUGGGAAGGGUGGGCGGCCUUCGCCCCCACGUGCAGAGACGGGGCGGGGGCUCGUUUCUGCACUUACAUGCGUCGCACGCGUUCGACGCCGACGCCGACGUCCUUGUCGUUGCCAUGGGCAUGCGGGAGCGAACCCAUUGCGAGAGCGUCACGUGGUGGGAAUUUGAUGGGAACGUUGGAGGGCGCGCCAUUGCCGGUUCCGCGGACGAUACUAUUUAUCUUUUGCGCCACUUGUGCAAGGCGUUCGAGAUGCUGCUUUCUCUCUGUUGA